GCCAGCGCGAGCGGGAAGGAGGCGCCGUCGAAAUUUUGCGUGCUAGCCUUCGAGACUUGAGGAGUGGCGGUUCCUGAGCUUCCAGCCCCGCAGACCACGGCCUCUGCUCCAAUCGGUCCUCCUGCCCCAGGGCGGCCAUGGGCCGGAUCUCCGGGCUCGUGCCCUCUCGCUUCCUGACGCUCCUGGCGCAUAUGGUGGUCGUCAUCACCUUGUUCUGGUCGCGGGACAGCAACAUCCAGGCCUGCCUGCCUCUCACGUUCACUCCCGAGGAGUACGAGAAGGAGGACAUCCAGCUCCUGGUAGCGCUGUCCGUCACCCUGGGCCUCUUUGCCGUGGAGCUGGCUGGUUUCUUCUCAGGGGUUUCCAUGUUCAACAGCACCCAGAGCCUCAUCUCCAUCGGGGCUCACUCUAGUGCAUCUGUGGCCCUGUCCUUUUUCAUAUUCGAGCGUUGGGAGUGUACCACAUACUGGUACAUUUUCAUCUUCUGCAGUGCCCUCCCAGCUGUCACUGAAAUGGCAUUGUUCAUCAGCGUCUUCGGACUGAAAAAGAAACCUUUCUGAUACCUUCGUGACGCGAACAGAAGGAUGGCGGUUCCAGGAGCAAGGGACCACCCACCAUUGCUGCGCCGAGGAAGGCAGUCUUCAGCCCUCAAACUGCAUCUGAUGGAGGAUGUCAGUGGUAGGGUAAUUAUCACUCGAGUCUGGAAUGAUCAGCGUUUUUCUUUAGUGCUUUGUGAUAAAAUGUGUCCCAGAAUAAGAUCAAUAAGACAAUUCUAGGGGAGAAUUGGGGUGGCCGAAGUGCUAGAGGAACGGAAGGCUGUUUCCCAGCUUUGCAGACUGUAAGAUCGUAGAUACCGCUUUUAUAUUGGUUAUUACGGUAGACGGCUGGCGGAAGGGGGUGGGCGGAGAUAUGUAAAUAAAGAGUCCUAGCGGUUUUGGUGCCAAGCUCGUGAGUGGAGCAUUCUGGGAGGAAUUAGUUUAUCUCUUUUUGGCAGUCAAAUCGGGAAUAAAAUGCUUUUUAGUAUCUGCAAAUGAACGUAGCAGCAGGAAUGGAAGACUCUACAUAACUUCAGUUGCUCAGGCGAGCCACUUAUUUACUCACCCUAGCUGUAAGCAGGACCUUUUUCCCUGAGUAAGGGAUGCACAGCCUUUUCUACUUAUCAUCAGGUAGGAUAAUCCUUACCUGUUCCUCCUUCGGGAGGGCAGAGUGGAACAUGAUGAUUGGAGAUCGCAUGAUGCGUGAUUAGCGUCUCUGCGUGAUCAGGACUUGCAACACCCUGAUCGCUCCUAUCUGAUUCUGCCU